CGUAGUUCCUAGUACUGCCGUCACAGUUUUUGUAUUUGUUCAGUAGCAACAUUAUAUACAAUAUAUUUUAAAUAGUAUGUGCUACCAUGUCCGAAAAAGAGGAGCGUUCCUCGCUCUAUGUAUUUCCGAGCCCAAGUUCAAGCCUGAACCCGGUAGUACAAAUGACGCAAGUACGCCAGAUAGAUCAAGAAUACACAGUGCCUACAGGGCCAAUAACUAUCAAAACACACACACGCUCAGCAAGCCAUGGUGGAGUUCUUGCAAGCGUGAGCAGACCAAGCAGCAGCAAUCUGCUGACGGCGCGACAGUCGGCUCUAAAAAAACCAGGACAUCAACGCGCUUUCAGCCAAGGCCAAGUAGUGGAAGUGCCAAUCGCUGGAAGCAGCCGAAUCGGCUCCAAGACAGACUUCAUCCUGCCGCCAGGUCAUCGCGAAGAUCGUCCGCAAUCACCCAAUACUGGCAAGACAACUUCUCAUGGCCACUCAAGACAAGCUUCCAGAUCAGAAUCCAUCUACACGAUACGACGUAGUGCAGCACCACCCUGGUGGAGGAGAGCUUGGAUCCGCUAUUUUGGUUUUAAUUCAGAAGAAGCUCAGCUACGAAAUAUCGCUCCGAGCCACCUUUUGCCAUCUAAAUUGCAAUCAGCUGUCGACAACAGGAUACGCACAACAAAAUAUAAUACAUUGACUUUUCUUCCACGGAACCUCUUGGAGCAAUCUUACCGAGUGGCUAACGUUUAUUUUAUUUUUAUCGUUUUGUUAAACUGGGUACCUGCAAUAAAUGCCUUCGGCAAAGAAAUUGCUAUGAUUCCAGUUGUUUUUGUACUUGGGGUUACUGCGCUCAAGGACUUUUUUGAGGACAGGCGAAGACUCGCUAGUGACAAGCGUGUUAAUAAUUCUACUUGUCGUGUUUAUUUCAGUGAAGGAGACAGAUAUAUGAAAAUACCUUGGAAAGAUGUAAAAGUAGGAGAUUUUGUUCAUUUAUCAAAUAAUGAAAUAGUUCCUGCUGCUUUACUAUUAUUGCGUAGUAGUGAUCCACAAGGUUUUGCAUAUCUUGAUACCUGUAACCUUGACGGUGAAACGAAUUUGAAACAACGACAGGUAAUAAGAGGAUUUCUCGAUCUACAGGCGGAUUUUCAACCGUCUAAAUUCCGAUCUAUUAUAGAAGUCGACAGACCCAGCACGAAAAUUUACAGAUUUCAUGGUGCUGUGAUACAUCCAAAUGGAUCAAGAAUACCGGUUUCAACAGAAAAUCUUUUAUUAAGAGAAUGCCUUUUAAAGAACACUGAUUUUAUAGAAGGAAUCGUUGUUUAUGUUGGUCAUGAAACAAAAGCAAUGCUUAAUAAUGGUGGUCCGAGAUAUAAGAGAUCUCGGUUAGAGUGCCAGAUGAAUUUAGACGUAAUAUGGUGCGUAAUAAUUUUGAUAGUAUUAUGCAUUGUUGGAGCAGCUGGAUGUAGGUUUUGGUUAUCAGCUUAUACAUCUGUGGGUCCUGUUCCUUUUCUACCGAUUAUACAAGAUCCAGCUUAUGAAGGCAUACUUACCUUUUGGACUUUUAUCAUUAUUUUACAAGUGAUGAUUCCGCUUAGUCUUUAUGUAACUAUCGAAAUGGCCAAAGUUGGACAAGUUUAUCAUAUAAUGAAUGAUACAAAGCUCUAUGAUUCAAAAACUAAUCGACCGGCUGAAUGUCGUGCUCUUAAUAUCACAGAGGAACUUGGCCAAGUGCAGUACAUAUUUUCAGACAAAACUGGAACAUUAACUGAAAACAAAAUGUUGUUUCGAAGAUGUGCCAUCGGCGGGCAAGAUUAUACGCAUACUGGGGAUGGGGAAAAUCUCGUUGCCUGUACAAGGUUAAAGGAAGAUUUACUAAUAGGUACUUGCCGACAUAGACUUCAAGAAUUUCUUAUUCUAUUGGCGAUUUGUAAUACUGUCGUAGUUAAUACUCAUCCUCAUCGUGACAUUAUGAAUUCCAGUGGCGUAAUAGAAAACACACAAAAGAAUGACGACGCCGAUCCCACAAGGUAUGUCCAAGUAACAGAAUCAAGGAGAAUAACUCCAGUUUCUGUUGAGACAUCUACUUCAACUUCUGCUCUAUCUUUUACUUCAAUUCAUUCAGCUACAAAUUUUGAAGAGGUUGCUUCAUCAAUAAAUUCAAUGAAACUGUCAGAAUCUGGAAAUACAGCAAUUUUAAACCACAAAAGUUCAAGACCUAAAUUGCCGAAUUUACCAACUAUGUCAACUAUAAGUAUGCUUACAAAAAGACUUUCUCCUUUGGGUCAUAGAAAUAAUUUAAAUUCAAUGUCUGAAAAAAAUGUUAGAUCACUUAUGGAAACUCAAAGCACACUGGAAAUAUAUGAAGCUGAAAGCCCAGACGAAUUAACUCUUGUCCAGGCAGCUAGAGCAUAUAAUGUUAGACUAACUCGAAGAACUACUAAAAACGUUAUUGUUUCAUUACCAGAUAAAUCAAUUUUAACAUUCGAAAUUUUAAAAAUUUUACCAUUUGAUUCGAAUAGAAAAUGUAUGUCGAUCGUAGUGAAACAUCCUCGUACUGGUGAAAUUGUAUUAUACUGCAAAGGUGCAGAUUCAACAAUUUUAUCGGCAUUAAAUUCGAAUGAAGAAGAGUCAAUAAUAACAACUAAAGUUAGGCAACACUUACAUUCAUAUGCUCGUCAAGGACUUCGUACACUGGUUAUGGCAAGAAGAUCCCUUACGGCUCAAGAAUACGAAUGCUGGUUACAAAAGCACAUAGAAAUUGAAACAAGUAACGAAAACAGUGAGCGCAGAAUACGAGAAUCUUAUACCAACUUGGAAUGUCAACUGAGUUUGUUGGGCGCAACAGGAAUAGAAGACAAACUACAAGCUGGUGUCCCUGAAGCAAUGACUAGCCUUGUAGCAGCUGGUAUUAUUGUCUGGGUUUUGACAGGUGAUAAACCAGAAACUGCAGUGAACAUAGCUUAUUCUGCAUGUCUCUUUAGUCCAACUAUGCAGCUUUUACAUCUACAAGCAAGAUCCAAAUCUAUGGCAGAAAGUUUAAUCCAUACUUAUCUAGAAGCGAUCGAAUGUGAAAACAUGGCAAGUGUAGAUUCAAUCGAAAACAUACAUAUGCAAUCAAAUGAGCAAGAAGCGAAUGAAAAAUUCACCUAUAGAAUUGGUAAUUCUUGGCAUCGUCAACGCGCUCUCAUUGUUGAUGGGAAAACUCUCACCUUUAUUCUUGAUCCAAGAUCUGGAUUAACAGUCCCAUUUUUAAAAUUAACUAGAGCUUGCUCCAGUGUUUUAGCCUGCCGAGCUACACCACUACAGAAGGCCUACAUAGUCAAAGUAGUAAAAGAACAUCUUAGAAUGAGAACUUUAGCAAUUGGCGAUGGUGCCAAUGAUGUUAGCAUGAUACAAACGGCGGAUGUUGGUAUUGGAGUAUCUGGUCGAGAAGGUACACAAGCCCUAAUGGCUGCCGAUUUUGCUAUUGCAAGUUUUCCUAUGUUAACUAGACUCUUAUUGAUGCAUGGACACUGGUGCUAUGAUAGAUUAUCUCGAAUGAUACUUUAUUUUUUUUAUAAAAAUGCGACGUUCGUUUUUCUUAUUUUUUGGUUUCAACUUUAUUGCGGUUUUUCUGGAACAGUAAUGGUUGAUCAAAUAUAUUUAUUAUUAUAUAAUCUAUUAUUCACAUCACUGCCUCCACUUAUGCUUGGAAUUUAUGAUCAAAUAGCUCCAGCUAAACUUCUUUUAGAAUCACCCAGAUUAUAUGAAAGAGGUCGAUUAGCAUCUGCUUAUCAACCGCAUUCAUUUUGGAUAACAAUGGCUGAUGCUCUGUAUCAAAGCAUCAUCAUUUUUUUUUUCACAGAAGCUGCAUACCAUGAUUCUGAUGUAGAUAUUUGGGAAUUUGGUUCAACAAUAACAACUUCAUGUAUUAUUGUUAUGUUAAUUCAUAUUAGUAUUGAAACAAAGUCAUGGACCAUGAUAUCCGCUGCAGCAAAUUUAGUAUCUUUUGGAGUAUUUUUUGGGUUUAGUCUACUUUAUAAUACAAUUUGUAUAAAUUGUAUGGGUUUGCCUGGUUCAUAUUGGGUUAUGCAAAAAGCAAUUGGUCAACAUAUAUAUUGGUUAACUGUAAUUCUUACUUCAAUUCUCGCCAUAUUACCUAGGAUUAUUUAUAAAUCAGUAAAAAAUACAAUUUCUCCUGAUAUGAUGCAAAGAGCAACUAUUGCAUAUUUAGAAAAAACUAGGAGAUUUGAAAAUCAAAUAGUAGUUGGAAAAGGUAAUGGAUUUGUUGCUGGUUGGUCACGAUCUACACAACGUGCAACAAUAAGAGCAGAAAAUUACACUUCCAAAAAGAGUGCUUUAUCCACUAUUAUUACAUGAUAAUUAAAAAUUUGAAAGAAUACACCAUCUUUCAAAAAAUGAAUCAAGAAAUAGAAAAUAUUCCAAUCAAUACUAAAAAAAUUAAAUUGUUACAUAUUUUAAAUGUGAAUACUCUUUAAAAACGAACAGCCAUGCAAUUUCUCAAAAGCAAUAUUGUUAUUUGAUAAUAUUGUCAUAAAUUGUGUGGGUAUUAUUAUUGUUGUUUUAGUCAAGUGACCUUAAUCACAGACUAUUGUUGAUUGUAUUUAUUGGCUGUGAUUUUUAGGGACCAAGAUUAUCAGUCCAAAUUAGAAAAACUACAGUUACAUAUAUUGUUAUAUCAUAUUUAAUUGUAAUAACAUGU